AUGACCGCCCUCCGCCCUCUGCUCCUCCUCGUCUUCCUCCUCGCCGGGCGGGGUUCCAGGGCCGCGCCAUCGGCCUCACCAGCGACGAGCUCCGACUUCCCGGGGAUGGGCCUCCCCUCGGACCCCGUCCUUCCUCCUUCGGCAAACGCCCCUCUCCACCCGCCUCCCCCGGAAUCCGGGGCAGCGGCUCCCGAGCCCUCCAGGGCGCCUCCUCCCGGUUCCCCCGAGUCCUCUCCCCUUAACGUCACUGACCCCCCCAACCCUGACCUCCAAGACCCCGCACACCCAGAGCCUCCGGAGGCCCCCAAGCCCAACUCCCUCAACACCCCCACGUCAGAAGCCCCGGAGAACCCCGAAAUCAGCCCCUCCCAAAUGACCCAUCCGGAAGCGUCCCCCACGCCUGGCCUGCCUGAGAUCCCACACCCGGAACCCCCUGAGGCCCCCACAACCUCACACCCAGAGUUUCCUGGGACCCUGAACCCUGACCCUCCCCAAAUGCCACCCCAGGAAUCCCCAGGGGCUCCCAAGCUUAAAGCCACUGAAAUCCCACAGGCAGAGGCCUCGGACCCUGACCCCACCGGAACCCUCCACCCCGAAACUCCAAAAGCCCGUGAGCCCAACACCACUGAGACCCCGAACACUGAAUUCCCUCAGACCCUGCACCCCAACCCUACUGAUUCCCCCGACCCAGAAUCCCAUGCGACCCACCACCUCGGCCCCACUGACAUUCCCCCGUCAAAACUCCCCACGGCCCACUCCCAAGAUGCCGCAGAGAUGGCCAGGGACUCAGGCCCUGAGACCUCCCCCCGUCUUCACCCAGACACGCCCGCACCCUCCGGGGACCAAGCUACUGCCCCGCACGGGCCGCCCCUGGACCCUGAGCCAGAACCCCCUUCGGCCAUCCAGCCCAGCUCCCUUACACUGCCCACCUCCGAGGCUCCUGGGACUGCCGAGCCCAAGGCCCCCCGGAACUCUAGCCCUAAAGGGCCAGAUGCCGCUCUCCCCUCCCCCCGGACCCCGGACCCCCCUGCUCCUCCAGGGCCCCCCAGUCAGCCGGCCCCUGCCACUCUGCGGGCCCCCCAGCGGCGCAACCGAGGUGAGAGAGUCAACACUAUCAUCCUGGUGGAACGUGUGAAGGAGACCGGCGUGACCCUGGUGGGCCGCCCCCGGGGCGGGGCGGGAGGGGCCCUGUGCCUCUUCUUCGCCGGGACGGGCCUGCUGAUCGGCAUUUUCCUGCUGCUGUGGUGUCUCUACCGCCGGGCGGCCCGGCACCGGCCCUUCGCACACCACCGGCUUCCAAAUGACGGCGAUGAGUCUGCCCUGCACUUGGACGCCCCCAAGGAGCCGUACGACCUCUACUUCUACGCGCCGGAGGCCUGGAUCCCUUCGCACAUCUCCACCACCAAGCAGCCGCCGCCCACCCCUCCGCUGCCGCCCAAGCUGCCCCCGCCGCCGCGCGGGGGCCGCCCGCAGCGCCUGGAGCCGCUCUCCCCCGCCUCGCUCCCCGACAACUUCGUGUGA